AUGGACGAGGCCGCAGCGGCCGGGUGGGAGACUCUCCUCACCCGGGUCUCCGCCGAUCCAGCCGAUGCUGGGGCCCGGGCGGAGAUGUUGACAUGGCUGGGUGGUGCGGGAUCGGGCGUCGAGCCGCAGGCGGCGACGGCAGCGCUGCUGGCGGUGCUCGAAGGGAUCGAGGCGCCUGCGGUCGAGAUUGUGACAGCGCUGCUGAAAGCGGGCGCGGGUGCGAAUGGCCUGGUUGCUGACGAUGACGGCGAUGGGCGGACCGGUGACGACGGGCCGCUGCGGCUGCCGCUGCAGCUGGCUGCCCUGCACGGCAGCGUGGAGCUGGUGCGGGUGCUGGUGGCCGGCGGGGCCGACGUCUGUCGCGCUGCGAGCUUUGGCCUCACGGCGCUCCACGAUGCCGCAAGCUGCAACUAUACGACGGCACGGCAGCACAAGAAGUAUGCGGCGGUGGCGGAGGAGCUGUUGGCCGCAGGCGCCGAGGUCGACGCGGCCGACGAGACCGGCGCGACACCGCUGGUGGUUGCUUGCCGGGCCGGCUCGCACCUCCUGGCCGGGACGCUCUUGUCGCACGGUGCGGACGUUGGAGGCGGCUCACAUAGCUCGGCACACAUUCCGCUGAUCGCGGCGCUGCUGCCGCGGGCCACACUUGUCGAGCGUCAGACGCUGGUCAAGCUGCUGGUCCGCAAGUGCGCCGACGUCAACGCCCGGCGCCGCGACCCGGUGCUUCCAUUCCAGGGCUCGACGCCGCUAGAGUGCGCGAUCUUUGCGGGCCACAUCGAUGCCGCCGAGUUUCUGGCCGCACGCGGCGCCGAGAUGGCCCCAAACUCGCCGGCAAGGAAGCUGGUGUGGCCGGAUCUGGCUCGGAUAUUGGCGGCGGAACCGGGUGACCGUCGCGCCGUGCUCGCCGACGUGCGCGGGCGCAAGAGCCAGACAUGA